AACCAGAGAGGGUUGAGGUGACGGGCGGCUGCGCAUGCGCACUGUGUUCGCGUGUGGUUUGGGUACCGAUUGCUGCGCUGUGUGCGAGUCCCUGGGCUGAGGCGGGGGCUCCCGGCCGGGGCCAUGGCGGCGAAUGAGGACCAGGAGAUGGAGCUAGAAGCUUUACGUUCUAUUUAUGAAGGAGAUGAAUGUUUCAAAGAACUUAGUCCUGUUUCCUUUCAGUAUAGGAUAGGUGAAAAUGGCGAUCCGAAAGCCUUCCUAAUAGAAAUUUCAUGGCCAGAAACAUACCCACAGACAGCUCCAAACAUAUCCAUGAAUGCUUUCUUCAACAACACCAUAUCGUUAGCUAUAAAACAAAGUAUAUUGGAUAAAUUAAUGGAAGAAGUUGAAGUUAAUCUUGGAACUGCCAUGACAUACACACUUUUUGAAUAUGCCAAAGAUAAUAAAGAAUUGUUCAUGGAAAAUCAACCUGUUCAUAUUGUGACAUCUGUAGGCAAUAACAUCUCAGUUGGAACUCAUGAAAUAGUCCCAUCAAGUAAGAAAAGAGACAAAAAGGAGCAGUUGUCCAAAACCCAGAAACGAAAGCUAGCAGACAAAACAGAUCACAAAGGGGAGCUUCCUCGAGGAUGGAACUGGGUGGAUGUAAUUAAGCAUUUAAGCAAAACGGGUUCUAAAGAUGAUGAAUAAUGGACUUUCAUACAAGGAAACUUCACCUUUUAAUACAGUGCAAUUUGGGUCAACAUCUUUCUCUUAAUGGCUUUUUCCUCUUGUCAGAGUGGAACGUUUUGUAAAAGGACAAUUUCCUAACUAUUAAACCUGAGCACAGACAUUUAUCCAGAGAUUAUUCUGGUAUUACAUUUUUCUUCACAAACAAAAAUUUGCCUUAAAGGGAAGAUAAGUGUGACAUUUUUAUAUUGAACUUUUAGAAAGCCUAUUUGGUUUCUAACUGUCAAAUGCUGAAAAGAAUAGUGAAAUAUGCAGUGUUAAUUUAUAUUGUUUUACUCUAGUAAGAAUAUAGUAAAAUUCUGUUAGUGAAUCCUCUGAUAUUGUGACCAUUUCCUGAAGUUCUCAUUCCAGUGGAAUAAAAAUAUUAAGUGAUUAAUCACUUGACAGCAUAGUUCAUUUAAAAUAAACUCCCUUUAAACAAAACCACCUUGAUUUGUUCCUCUACAAAUGCAGAAAGGGAACACAACACAAUUAUAAUCAAAUGAUUUGUCUAGGUCUAGGCUAUGUCUACAUUGCACACCUUACAACAGUGCGGCUGCAGUGCUACAGCUGCUCUGUUGUAAGGUGUGCAGUGUAGCCGCUCUUUGUCACCAGGGGAGAGCUCUGUCUACACUACCGACCUUACAGCAGGAUACCUGUACCACUGCUGCUACGCUGCUGUCAGGUCUCCAAUGUAGCUGCUCUAUGACGAUGGGAGAGAGCUCUCCUGCUGGCAUAAUUAAACUACCCCCAAUGAGCAGUGGUAGCAAUGUUGGCGGGAAAGUCUCCCACAGACAGCGCUGUCCGCACUGGCGCUUUUUUUGGUGAAACUUAUGCCAGUCUGGUUUCGUUUUUUUCCACACCUCUGACCAACAAAAGUUUUACCAGCAGAAGUGCUAGUGUAGACAAAGUCUGAAGCUUUUGGUCCCGUUUUAACUCGUGUUAAACAGCCUGCAUAUGGUGGUGAUGCAGCUGAGUUUCUAUAGGCUUGCAAGUAACACUAUUGCCUGAAAUCAGAGUAAGUUUCUUGCUCUGUGAUUUUGACUCACUAGCUCAAAGUUUCAGCUAGAUAAGGGUAGAGAAAAUAGCAACAUGUGACACUUGUAAAUGCUAGUGCAAAAAGGACCACACACCCUAGUCUAGACAAAUUCAGAGUGAAAGAACAAGUGGUUACAAUACCAGUACGUGUUGUCAGUUCAACCCAGUGUGCGUCUGUUGUAGUCCUCCUCACGUAUAUUUUUAGAGGAGGUCAGGGCGUUUGUGUGGAGCUGUCCUACUGAUAGUGAACUUCUGAAUGUUAUGAUUUGGUGGCUUUUUCCAUUGGAUAAUCAGUGGUUUACCAUGAGGAUUUUAUUGUAUGAAUUACAGGACACUGGGGAAAAACACACCACUCUCCCCUGCUGGAAAACAUUUUUUGUACAGGUUUGUUGUCUUGUAUCAAAGAAAAAAAUCCUCUUUGCUGUAUAAACGGUAACUGAAUACUAAAUACCUUAAUGUCAUUUAAGGAGAUUUUGAGCUUAAUAAAUGCUUAUUUAUCUGC